GCAUUGAGUAACUGCAGCAGCAGCAGAACAGCUCUGUGUUCCACCGCGGACAGAACGACUCAGAGGAUAUUUGUGGACAUUAAAGCAGCUGGAGGAUAAUCAAAAAGUCUACGUCUGCUUGCUGCUGGGCCUGAAGAUUCACGUUUCUUAGAUUUUGUCCAACAAGCUGAGCAGCAAGUGAGGCCUUUGCUUGGACCGAGACCUGUGUGUUAUAAACAUGGGAGACCAGAGGCCAGUCCAGAACCUCCUGCCCCUGCUGCUGCUCCUGACCCUCCUGGCCAGGCUGUCACAGCUGUGGGCCUUCCCCUUCAGCCCGUCCCUGGACCUUGACGUCACUCCCAGGACUACCGUCUUCUCCAAAGGUCUGUUGGGCAGCUCCAGUUUCACCGGCUCUUCCAGGAACUUCAGCACCCUCCUGCUGGAGGAGGAGGCCGGGCUGCUGUACGUUGGAGGCAGAGGAGCUCUGCACGCUCUCAACACCUCCAACAUCUCCACGACCUCGAACCUCACGAUUGAUUGGGAUGCUUCCCCCGAGCAGAAGAAACAGUGUCUAAACAAAGGCAGAGACAAUCAGACAGAGUGCUACAAUCACAUCCGCUUUCUGCAGCGAUUCAAUGAGACUCACCUGUACGUCUGUGGAACAAACGCCUUCAGACCUCUUUGUGCUUAUUUAGACUCAGAGCGGUUCAGCUUCACCUCCGGCUUUGAGGAGGGCAGAGACAGGUGUCCAUACGACCCAGCGAAGGGAUUCACCGGCCUCCUCGUAGACGGUGAGAUAUUCACGGCCUCUCAGUACGAGUUUCGGAGCUCUCCAGAUGUUCGCAGAAACUUCCCCUUCCCAACGCUCAGGACGGAGGAAGCCCCGACCCGGUGGCUUCUGGAGGCAGAUUUUGUGGGCUCCGUGCUGCUGAAGGAGAGUGUCAACAGCUCCAUCGGCGACGACGACAAGAUUUACUUCUUCUUCACGGAGAGAAGCCAGGAGCAGAUCGCCUACCCGAGCCAGACCAAGGUGUCCAGGGUGGCCCGAGUCUGCAAGAAUGACUGGGGAGGCCAGAGGACCCUGCAGAGGAAGUGGACCUCCUUCCUGAAGGCCAGAAUGGUGUGUUCGGUCCCAGAAUACGAGCUGCACCUCAAUAUCCUACGCAGUGUGUUUGUCCUGCAGGGUCGAGACGCUCAAAGCAGCGUUUUCUAUGGCGUCUUUGGCUUGGAAUGGAAGAACAUCAAAGCGUCUGCUAUCUGCCAGUACGCCUUCUCGGAUGUGCAGAAGGUGUUCGAGGGUCCAUUCAUGGAGGUGCAGGACUCAAAGUGGAGGGAGUACACGGGGAAAGUUCCAGAGCCAAGACCUGGAUCUUGCAUUACAGAUGUGCACAGGUCCCAGGGCAUCAACUCAUCUCGGGACCUUCCAGACAAUGUUCUCACUUUCGCCAGAAGGCACCCGCUGAUGGCCAGCCAGGUGCACCCGAUAGGUGUGCGCCCACUCAUGUUCAAGAGGAGCGUCAACUACGUGAAGAUAGUCGUGCACAAGGAGCCGGCGCUGGAUGGGAACACUUAUACGGUUCUGUUUUUGGGAACUGAUGACGGGUGGCUGCACAGAGCUGUAGACAUUGCUGGAGAAAUGCACAUCAUAGAGGAGCUGCAGCUGUUUGAUAAACCCCAGCCCAUAGAGAGCAUGGUCAUAUCCUCCGCUCUGCGGAGCAUCUAUGUCGGUUCCCACUCUGGAGUCGUGCAGGUACCGAUGUCUGCCUGUCAGAGGUACACUUCCUGUUACGACUGCGUAUUCGCCAGAGAUCCGUUCUGUGGCUGGGACGGGAGGGUGUGUGUGGAAAUAUCUUCACAUGCAAAGAGGUCGAACCUAACCCAGGAUAUCCUGAAGGGGAUCAGAGGCUGCAGGGAGAAUUCAGGAAAUGUGGUCCACCGGCGGCGCUCUGUGAUGUCUGGUGACGACGUGCUACUCCAGUGCGAGCUGCGUUCCAACCUGGCAACUCCCCGCUGGACGCUGAACGGCAAGGAACUCCAGGGAUACGGCCUCAAUUCAGGGUACCGCAUCGGCACAGACGGCCUCCUCAUAAUCGGAGCUCGGGCCCAGCAGAGCGGCUCCUAUCGCUGCUUCGCCGUGGAGAACUCCGUCUCAGUCCUGAUUUAUCUUUACACAGUCAGGGUGCACACGGACCCGUUCUUCCCCGUGGAGCCCGAGGCCACAACAAACCCCACCACAGCUUCCAGCCCGACUGUGUUCUCCACCAGCAGCCCCACUGAGCAGCCUCUGCCCUCGCCUCCCGCCCCGCUGCCUCCAGGAGCUGAGUUCCAGACCUACAGACACAUGGAGGCCGUGUACAUUUCCCUGGUGGCGGUCCUCGGAGGGCUUUGCCUGGUGUUGACUGUGGUGCUGCUUUACGUGAGCUUCUGCACCAGACGGGCGUCCCGGGACCGGAAGUUCUCCCAGCAGGGGCUGCAGGUCCUGGGGGCCUCCGAGAGAAAGAGGAGCUCCCACUUAGAACUUAAAACCAUCUACAACGGCCGCCAAAGUCGACGCUCCAUCUCGGUGCCGACUUUCAGUGACAUGGGUGACGGCUUCCUGCAGAUAGUUCCAGGCGAAGGCCAGUUCUCUCCGUGCAAGACGCCUCCACCAGCCCCUCCUCUUCCCAUGCCGCCUCCGCUGCCCAACAUGGACUACGCCAACGGGCUGUCGGCCACUCUGCCCAGCGUGCUGAGGAAGAUGAACGGGAACAGCUACGUGCUGCUGCGGCAGGUCGACCACGACGGCAUGUCGCCGCUCUACCACUCCUUCACAGAGGAGCUCAACAGGAUCCUGGAGCAGAGGAAACACACACAGCUGGACCUGCAGCCUGACGAAAGCUCCAUCUAGGACGGCCCUCUCAGUCGUAAUUUAUUUUAACCCCAACGGUGACCCGUAGCUGAGGGGAGAACUGACUGUUGUAUCAAACGCUGCUGUUAUUUACCCAGUGUCACCUGCAGGUCGUGUCCUCACCUGAUCUGAAAUGUGCCGCCUGCUGCGUCUCCCAUGACACUAAACGGCCCAUGUUUUCAAGUCAACAAUGGACUACACUAACCAGAGAUUGAUAUUCAAAAAGUGUAGCUGUGUAAAAAAAAUUGGGCCACAGACUGCACUGUUACAAAUGACCACAAGAAAGAAGGUUAAUGAGGCUAGCUAGACUCUCUGGAGGCUUGUGGAAGAUGGCGGUCGGAUGACACGAAAACGCAAAGGUGCCACCUGGGACACAAAAAUAAAUCAGGCCAGGAGGUGAUCACGUAUUCAUGAGGAGGUGUUCAGGAACAUGCAAUGUAACAUGACCCUUCUAUGGAGCUUAAAGUGAUACUCCACCCAAAAUCUUUUGUGCGUUGUUACAAAGCAUUCGGCUACAGUUGGAAACUACCUUUCACCUGACGUGCCCUCAUAAUUUCCCUCCUUAUUGCGAGUUUGAAAUCAAGAUCUUUCUGCUCCCUGAAAAGCCCAGAAUUUCCAACUCAAAAUGAUAUCAAACUGAGAAAAUCAGCAAAUUCUGAGAUUUGAGAAGAUGAGGUUUGGCCUUUUUGUUUAAAUAAAUGAAGAUUACCUCAAAUAAUAAUAAUAAUGAUUUCAAUCCGUCAACAAGCUUUUGUUCUUUAUGAAGUAGCAAACUACGUUUUUAAACCUGUUUAAUUCUUAAAAGAUUUCAUGUGGAGUGUCACUUUAAGAAGUUGUUACAGCACACGAGAGCUCAGGUGGUGUGAAAAAGCAUACAUUUCCAAUAUAUAUAUAUUUUAAAACACUAUUUCUUCAAUUCCUUCCGUCCUCAUGUAGAUUUCAGUAAGCUCAUCACUGUUAGCAGCUGUUAGCAGUGUUUUUAUUGUGUCAGUGCCAGUGGAAACACCUGUAGCAAACCUGAGCAUCUGUGCGAGAAAAGACACAGCUUGAGUCGUCUAUUAUUGGACAUUAAAGGAGCAGCCAGUUUGUGGUCAGAUUGAUUGAAUUCACAGAACUCCACCUACUGGCUUCGUGGCCCAGGAGAGGAAACCACAACACAGGCUGGAGACAAACGGACCAGAUGCUGUAAAGAAGAUGCUUAUUCGCUGUUUUAUAUUUAUACAGAUGAACAUACAUAAACGUCUUUGUCAGACUGAAGCCUCGUUUGUGUCGACACCUUGAUGAGACAUCACGACAAUAGUUUCAUGCCGACACUGGGUUCUUUUGAAAAUGAUGUUGCAUAGAGACAAAAUGUGUUUCAUCUUCUUCGUCAUCUGCUGUGAAAAAGCUGCUGGUUGGUGAGAGUUGUUGAAUCAGAGCAGAGAAAACCUUCACACAUGCUUCCCCCAAAGCCAUCCUCAGUGUUUACCUGACAUCAGAGCAAUGCGAAAACAACACAAACCACAGCGCCCUACAGUAUUUCAUUAACAAGGUGAACAGCGCUAUGAUUAAAUAGCACAUGCAUAACUUAGAUGCACUGAAAAUGAAUCUCUGAGUAGUUUGUUAUCAUGUCAGCGGUGAAUAAAAAUGUAUUUUCCUGCAAA